GCACCGGUCUGCUUCGACCAGGCUACGCUGAAGACGAGGCUGACGCCCCUGCAGCACCAGAUCACGCAGGAUAAGGGGACCGAACGGGCGUUCUCGGGUCGGUUCAACAAGCACCGCGAGCCGGGCGUGUACCGCUGCAUAGUCUGCAGGCAGGACCUCUUCUCCACCACCAAGUACGACUCUGGCUCCGGCUGGCCCAGCUUUUAUGACGUGCUGGACCGGCGCCGGAUCACCCUGAAGGCCGACUUGUCUCAUGUCGGCGGCAAUCUCCUGCUGCUGGUGGCCAACCCGGACAUGGAGCGGAUGGAGGUGGGCUGCGCCCGCUGCGGCGCCCACCUGGGCCAUCUCUUCAAGGACGGCCCCAAGCCCACCGGCAAGCGCUUCUGCGUCAACUCAGAGUCGCUCGACUUCCGACGCGACGACUCGAUUGAUGUCGUCGACGGCAAGGUGGAGUUCGCGCGGGGCGUGUGCGAACUG